AGCAGGGAGGGCACCCGGCACUUCUGCAGGGACCACACACUGGGGGGGGGGGUAUAAAGGGAAAGGCCGGCACUGGCCACCACCGCCCCACCUGCCCUCACUAUGAAACCUGGCAGCCUCAUCCCUUUCACGGAGCUCCCUGCCCUCCAAAUCCUCACAUCCUGGACUGUGGAAGGUGCCAGCAGAGAAAAAGCCAAGCAUGGAGUCUGCCCCUUCACGCCUCGUGUGAUGUGCCUUGUGUUUGAACCCCCUCAGUGCCAGAGCGACUGGCAAUGUCCGAAGGAGCAGAAAUGCUGUCGCGAAUAUUGUGGCAUCAAAUGCAUGGAUACUGUAGACCCAUCAAAGCCAGUUAAGGUCAAUCCUGGGAAGUGUCCAGUGGUCACUGGCCAGUGCAAGAGGCCCAACCCCAUAGACAUCUGCCUGAAUGACAGCCACUGCCUGAACAGUCUCAAGUGCUGCAAGGGGGUGUGUGGGAAUUCAUGUGUCGAGCCGGUGAAAGGUUAUCCGGAACCACAGGAAACCCCAGGGUGAUGCCCAGAUCGAGAGGCCGUUCCAGGAUGAUCUAGCCCAAUGCCCGGAUUUUACCAGAAUGAAGAUGGGAGCAGUCCGAGAACAACGUGGAUUUGUUCUGGAGUCCUAGACCAAAGACCAGCACUGUUUUGACUAUUCCAGCUCCAUGUUCUCUCUCUUCUUAUCCGAAGGGAUGUGGGGCCCACUGACAGGGGGACCCUCUGGCUGGGAGGAAUGUAAGGCUCCCUGGGAUUGUUCCUGUGCCGAGGCUCUGUUUUAUUUUCUUUCCACAGAUGUAUUCUUGCCAGUUCAACAAGAUUAGGACUUCCCAGUACGUGUGGUCUGAGGAUUCCUUUGUUCCCCAAGCCCGAGAAAAGCAAAAGUGUCUUGAUGAAGAUGAUAUAGUGGUUGCUGUGGUGUGUUGUCCAGAUCCUCCCACAGGAAUGGGGCACCCAGACCUGCAGGCGCUGAGAGGACUGACUGCAGACACGCACAGCUGAGUCCCUCCUGGGAAUUUCCCUGGCCGAAGUGAGCUGCUACAUCUGAGGGUACACCCCAUUCCUGCGGCAACCUGGGGAACCUGUGCUGACUGGUGGAUGUUGGGGUACAGAGGUCGAGCUCCCUAGUUUGAUUAGGGACACCUCUGAAGGGCCCCUGCAGCUCCCGAGCUCCCGGUGGGAUCGGCUAGGCCUUUGUUGUAACCGCGUCCCACAUCCACUUGUCCUUCUACACAGUCUGCUUCUUGUACCUCUCUGUUGCUCUCCGAAUACUCCCCAGGAAACCUCCUGCACAUAAAUCGCUGCCCCUGACCCAUUUCCCAGAGCAGCUGACCUAAGGAAGAUAAUAAAAAAGACACAUCCGAUUAAGACGUUUACCCAAAAUAUACGAAGAACUGUUUAAAAAUCAACCACCAAAAAACAACUCAAUUAAAAAAUAGGCCAAAGACCUGAACAGACACCUCACCAAAGAACAUAUAUAGACGGCAAAUAAGCACAAGAAAAGAUGCUCCGCGUCCUAUGUCAUCAGGGAAAUGCAAAUAAAAACAAUGAGAUACUGUAGACACCUGUUAGAGAGGCUGAAAUCUGGGACACUGGCAACAGCAAACGCUGGGGAGGAUGUGGAGUCACAGGAACUCUCAUACGUUGCUGAUGGGAAUAAAAAUGGUACAGCUGCUUUGGAAGACAAUUUGGCAAUUUCUUACAAAACCAAACAUACUUUGACCAUAUGACUAAGCAGUCACGUCCCUUGGUAUUUACCCAAAAGAGCAGAAAACUUAUGUCCGCACAGAAGAACUGCACAAGGAUGUUUAUAGCAGCGGUGUUCAUAACUGCCCAAAUUUGCAAGCAGCCGAGAUGCCCUUCAGUAGGUGAAUAAAUAAAUAAAUUGUGGCACAUCCAGACAAUGAGGUAUUUUGCAGAAGAAAUGAACUAUCAAGCCAUGGAAAGACAGGGAAGAAACUUCAAUGCCUCAUACCAAGUGAAAGAAGCGGAUCUGAAAAGGCUACAUCUUGUAUGAUUCCAACUGUGUGACAUUCCAGAAAAGGCAAGACUAUGGAGACAGUAAAAAGAUUCGAGGUUGCCAGGGACUGGGGAGGGGCAAAUAAAUAAGUGGAGGAUUUUUAUGUAUAAUACCAUAAUGAUCGAUAUAUGUCAUUAUACAUUUGUCCAAACCCAUGGAACGUACAAACACCAAGAGUGAGCCCUACUGUAAACUCUGGACUCCGGGUGAUUGUGAUGUGAUUGUGAUGUGACAAGCCCAGGUCCGUGGAUUGUAACAAAUGUACCACUCCGGUGGGGAAUGGUGAUAGUGAGGGAAGCUGUGCAUGUUGCGGGGGGGAGAAGGUAUACAGGAAAUCUCUGUACCUGUCUCUUAAUUUUGCUGGGAAUCUGAAACACCUCUAAAGAAAAAUAAAAACAAAAAAACCUGUCUUUAAAAAAAAA